GGCGCCAACACGGGCUUCGUAUUUUCAGCGGUUUAGAUUACAGAGAUAUUUUAAUAAAAUUCAUCCUCACAAGUUAGGUACAACCUCAAACCGGUGACUAGGAUCAUUAACAAAAGGUAGCUCUAGAGUUGUAAGCAAAAGUUUUCUGUGUAUACGUUCCAUAAUCGAGAUGCCGGUAAACGGAUUUGCACACGUGAAAAAACUACACGACGAGUAUCAGUAUCUCAACCUUGUGGAACAUAUCUUACAAAAUGGAGAUAAAAGAGUCGACAGAACAGGAGUUGGAACUUUAUCUGUAUUUGGCGCCAUGCAAAGGUAUUCUCUAGCAAAUAACACCUUGCCUCUGCUAACAACAAAAAGGGUAUUCACCCGGGGCGUUAUUGAAGAACUGCUGUGGAUAAUUUCUGGUUCUACUGAUGCUAAAGCUCUGGCUGACAGGGGCGUGCAUAUCUGGGACGCAAACGGAUCUAGAGACUUCCUUGACAGUUUAGGCUUCAAUUCUAGAGAAGAAGGUGAUCUUGGUCCAGUGUACGGAUUUCAGUGGCGACACAGUGGAGCUAAAUACAUUGACGCCAAAACAAAUUAUACUGGACAGGGAAUUGAUCAACUGGCGAAUAUAAUAAACACUAUAAAGAAGAACCCCUCCGACAGAAGGAUGUUAAUGUGUGCGUGGAAUCCAUCUGACCUUAGUAAAAUGGCACUGCCGCCGUGUCAUUGCUUGGCCCAAUUCCACGUCGCCAAUGGCAAGCUUAACUGCUUGUUAUACCAGAGAAGCGCUGACAUGGGGCUGGGUGUACCAUUCAACAUUGCCAGCUACUCUUUGCUGACUCAUAUGAUUGCCCACAUUACUGGACUUGAGGCAGGUGAAUUCGUUCACACCACAGGUGAUACUCACGUCUACCUCAACCAUGUUGAGCCUCUGAAGAAACAAUUGGAGAGAGAACCCAGGCCAUUCCCUACGCUUGAGUUCGCUCGAAAAAUCGACUCCAUAGACGAU